ACCAGGAAGGGAAUUGAGUUGAUCUGCUGCUGCUUGGUUAGCGCAUACGGGGCUUUAAGCUGCACAACAGUGAGAGGGAGAGGAGGAGAGGAGAGGGCUGAGCAAACCCACAACAAGCUUCACCACGGCCAUCGCAGACAAAUCGAGGAUGGCUUGUUCUGCUGAAACCCCCCUCCCACUGCGCAGGCUUCAGUCGAUCAUUUUAAUCUCCCCCCACACGUGAGCGAGGGGACAGCCUUUCCUGAAACUUGGCACACAGUACAGGAGAGGCAAACGGACAGACGGCAGGACGGAUACACGGGUGGGGGCUGUGCUCGGCGGCUCGGCGGCAGGCUGGUGGAAGAUGUCGUCAGGAGCCGGUGGGAGGGGAGGACGGCGGCUCAGGGGGACAGCAAGCAGCAGCGGUGGAGGAGGGAGAGGAGGAGCAGGAGAGGCAGAAGAAGGCCCCGUGGGGAUCCCUUUCCCUGAACACAGCGCGGACAUCCUGGGCAGCCUGAACAAGCAGCGGCUCAGUGGCCUACUUUGUGACGUGCUCCUGGUUACCCAGGAGCGGGAGUUUCCAGCUCACCGCUCCGUCCUGGCGUCCUGCAGCUCCUACUUUCACAAGCUCUUCACUUCAGGUGCCACAGCUGACCAACAGAACAUCUACAACAUCGACUUUGUGGAGGCAGAGGCUCUGGGAGCGUUACUGGACUUUGCCUACACAGCCACACUGACGGUUAGUCACAGCAGUGUGGCUGACAUCCUUGCCGCUGCACGCCUCCUGGAAAUCCCACCCGUCCAGGAUGUCUGUACACACCUGCUGGACACCAAAGUGCUCUCCCCGCCGGCGGGCAGUGAGCAGAAAGACGAAGACGAAGAUGAGGGUAAGGACAGAGGCAGGGAGCAGGGAAACAGGGUGCGGGCCCGGGAAUACCUGGAGUACUUCCAGAGAGGGGCACACUGGAGCAGCAGCUGCAGCACACCAGAGCUCAGGGACCUGCCCACACACCUGCACUUUAACCAUGGUAAUGGGGCGCCCCCGAUUAAUGGGGGUCCUGCUGGCCAGGGUGAGUACUACUCCACCUUGGCCCUCGCCUUGGCCCAGGCCCCCACACAGGAGCCAGAGGAGGAGGAUGAAGAUGAAGAGGAAGACGAGGACGGGGAGGUGGUGCAGAGGAAUGGAGCGAGCUUGGGGUCUUCUUACUACCCCUCAUCCCAAAAUGGGCACUUCUACCUCCCCCCUGAGUCCAGGCUAGGGCAGGAGACAGAGGUGGAGGAGGGAGGCAGGGAGGUGAUGGCGAGGGAGAGAGGUUCUGCCAGCGCCCUUCUGCAGCAGAUGAUGGACUCCCUUGAGAGGCAGAAGGAGCGUGCAACAACUGGGGAGGAACAGGGAGAUGGGGACGACGCCGACAUGGAAUUUUACUUGAAUUAUUUCAAUAGCUCGCAGCAUGAAGAUACAGCUUCUGCUGUGCCGACACAAGGAGUGCCGCCACUCUGGUUAUCACAGGUCAGAACAGGCCAAGAAAGAGGAGGGGGAGAGAGGGGCAGUGGAGGAGGAGGAGGAGGUGGAGGAGAGAGGAAGAUGCGCUCUAAGGCCUUCCAGAAAUGCCCCAUAUGCUCCAAGGUCAUCCAAGGAGCAGGCAAGCUACCCCGCCACAUCCGAACACACACAGGAGAGAAACCCUAUGAAUGCGCCAUCUGCAAAGUGCGCUUUACCAGGCAAGACAAGCUCAAGGUUCAUAUGCGGAAGCAUACAGGAGAGAAGCCUUACCUGUGUACGCAGUGUGGAGCUGCCUUUGCUCACAACUACGACCUGAAGAACCACAUGCGUGUACACACAGGCCUGCGCCCCUAUCAGUGCUCAAGCUGCUUUAAGACUUUUGUACGCUCAGAUCACCUGCACCGCCACCUCAAGAAGGACGGCUGCAACGGCAUCCCCUCUCGUCGAGGCCGAAAGCCUCGGGUGCGAGAGCCUGGGCUCCUAGAUGCCUCCCUUGGUCUGCUGAGCCCCGGCUCCGACACAGGCCCUGGGCCUCGUACCAUCAGGGGACGAAGACGCUCUGAGGCUUCUUCAGUGGCAGAGGUGGAGGGGACUGCUGGAGCUCUUGCACAUAGUCCUCAGCUACAGGAGUUGGCUGGGGAGGCAGGGCCCUGAGACUGCAGGGGCGACACUGCAAGGACACUGCUGGACACCAUAGUCACUCUGCACCGCCUGUGAGACAGGCCAGUGAACAGAGAGGAGAAAAGACACAGAGGCAAACUUUAAGAAAACAAAACAACUAACUAUUCCUCUAUAAACCAAAUCAGGGUGUCACAAAAAUCUUAUCUUUAUAUUUCUUUCUCCUUUUACUUUAGGAAACGGAGUAGACUUGUAAGCACUUAAGUCUGUUUAUCUGUCAAAGAGCAAAGAACGCUUCAAAUCAAGCACCCAUGACGUCCACUUUCUGGGCCAUGUCUUUCUUUAUAAUACUAGGGGUUUUAUACAUUGGCAAAUGUGCUUAGGCAAAUGAACCAUAGAUACAAAAAAAACUCUUGCAACUAUGCAGUUGAUUUAGAUUUUUAUUGGUUUUGUCCUCACAGCCUUCAAGCUCUAAGCAAGUUGUCUAUCAAGCACCUUCUGGCUGCUGUACGGGUGAAGCGAGGACAAAUCCUCCCAGUGAAAACAACUCUUUUUCUAUUCUUUUGCAGGUCUGAAAUGUACAGUUACCAUAGAAACAACAUUGCCACAACAUGGCAUAUGCAAGAAAAACUCGACACAGUUUUGAUGCAACAGUUUUUUCUCUCUAAAUGUUCCAGAAAGAAUGAGACAAGGGUUUGAUUGAAGUGUUACUUUCUCUAUAAAAUGCUUUUUAAUAAUCUAUGGUUUGUCCUGUUAAAAAACAAUUUGUUGCUGAGUCAAAUCCACUUUAAUGGGGGCUCGCCAGGUGCAGGAUUAGGGAACAUGAGGGGUAGAGGGUUUGUGUUUUUAAAGCACUACCAUCGUCAAUGUAUCUGUUGGCUUGACUACAUUGCCUCUUCAUGAACCUGCAAUUUUAGCAUUUCUAUUUUCCCUUUUGAUUUUGUCCCUAUUUGUUUGUCGUUCUUUUUUGUUGACUGCUUCGGGUACUUGACACUUUAUAAUUGUAUACAUGUAUAUACAGCAGGUGGUGAUAUGACAUUGGUCUCCCCUCAAUGCUGAGGUGUACUUACCAGUUGGGUUUUCCCUCUUAGGCUUGAUGUCAUAUUUCUCACAGAGUGAAGCUUGUGGGUGAACGAAACGAACUGAAUGAAUGUUUGAUGAAAAAAAAACAAAAAAAACAUUGAGUCACCCAUUUGUUUUAAACUUAACACUUGACAUGUAUAGUUCCUGCCCAAAGGAUGAGGAGGUGGAAUGAAUGAAUGUGCUUUACUUUGUGCAGUUCUUCGGAUUGGUCCUUGUGUGACAAGGCGCGGGUAGCAUUUAACAAACCGCAGGUUAAAGGAAUGGCAGGGAGCCUGAGUGAGAGAGUGAGAGAGUGACAAAGUGUACGAAGGAGAGAUAGAUGAGCACCUUUUUUCUAUGUUUGCACAGCUUUACUAAAGAUAUCCAACAGAGCGGGAGAGAGGUGUAUUUAAAAGGAGUGGGCUGGUGUUUUGCGGAGGGCGUGAGAGGAGGUUUAUGUAUCAUGCUUAUUCCAGUCUUUUUUCGCCCUAGGGACCACACAACCGUGAGGCAACCUGUAUGAUGAAGAGAGCAAUAAAUACCUGUCCAAGUUGGGAGGCCAAAUAAGAGUGCAGCUGCAGCUGGUCGAUGGGGGAUGGGAACAAGGGAAGGGGAGGGGGAUCUCACAAUGUCUGUUGCAUUCCAAAAAAUAAUCUCCCCCAGCUCAGCCACGUUUCCAGGCAGGAGGGGAUCAAAUCAGGCCUUUUCUCUCCCUAGCUCUCCCUCUGUAGUCCUCUAAUGCCCCUGGACCAGCCUGGAGGGGAUAUUAUUAUAUUAGAGCCUGGUGUUACUGAGGGUAGGACGCCUGGUGUUGGCUGUUAAGUGUGUAUGUGAGCGUGUUUGCAUGUACGUGUGUUUUUGUACAUGUGUGUGCGUGGCAGCCAGGGUCGCUCUGGCCACAUCAUCACUGUGUGAGUCAGCCACAGCCUGUUCAAACAUGCACCCUUAGCUGCCAGGCCCAGUGCACUUUCUCUGUCUCUCUCACUGACACACACACUCUCACACACACUCUCACUGGGUCCAGGCGUCCAGUAGAGAAUGGGCGAAUACCAGAACAGACAUAUCUGUUGUCAGUGACUCCUUAUAGCUUGAUUUGUCUUUAAAAAAAAAAAAAUCCAAGUUUUCUUAUUGUACUCCAAAUCAAAGUUUGUUCGUUUUUUUCAAAACUAGCACAUUGAGCCUUUGAGUCAAGAAGAAAACAUACAUGAUUUUAAUAGUUACCUCCCCCCACCCCUCAGCCUGUAAUUUCUGUAGUAGUGCUGUAGUUUAACUAUCAGUCCUCUGCACCUUAAUGGGAAAGAUCCAGGUUAUGUAUGCACUUUGUUACCGAGGAGGGCACUUUUUUUCAGCGAAACGGGUACUUUAAAACUAACCAGUUGCAAAUGAGAUCAGUCCAUUCGUCUGUCCAUGGUGGUGAAGUUGAACUGCUUCAUUGGUUUUCUUCAGGUUUUGAUGACAAGCUGCCAAAAAAAAAAAAAGCGAUAUACCAGUUGAGAUCUCUAAAAGAGAUGCUUGGUCAGAUCAGAUACCAACAUGUUGGGUUUUGUGACCUUAAAAGAAAAAUAGACUACAUUAAUCCAUGUCUUUGAUUGCACUUGAAGUUAGUUAAAAAGAAAUGUAGGAAGCUGAUUUUAUGUCUCAAUGUAAAGAAGGAGAGUGGAGGAGGCAGAAGAGGUAGAAAGGAUACUUGUGUGUGUGUGUGUGUGUGUGUGUGUGUGUGUGUGUGUGUGUGUGUGUGUGUGUGUGUGUGUGUGUGUGUGUGUGUGUGUGUGUGUGUGUGUGUGUGUGUGUGUGUGUGUGUGUGUGUGUGUGUGUGUGUGUGUGUGUGUGUGUGUGUGUGUGUGUGUGUGUGUGUGUGUGUGUGUGUGUGCGUGUGCGCGCGCGUGUGUUUUUCCAUGCAUGUGCACAAGUAUGUUUCGUGGCUGGCAGGCUGGAGGGUCUCAGGACAAGCUUGGAUAAACAAACUUCUACCCCAUCUGUUCACCAGCUUCUCUCAUAACUGCAUGUGUUCUCCGAGGAACCACAGUGAUAAUAGGUCCAUGGUACCACAGAAGCAGAAAUACCUUUUGUAAAACAACUCAUUGGACAGUUGCUUGUUUACUUCACGAGUCCCUUGGUGAAGAUUUGCAUAACUCUCUGUUUACCUUUAUUGGUCUUAAGAGUUUUAGUUUCCAACUUUUCUUCUCUGUUAUGAUACAUAUGGGGUUAAUUAAUGCACAAAUUGACUCAUACAGGCAGACCAAUGUAUAGUGUAUAUGUCUACCUGCUUGGCGAUCAUUAUGUUUUGGUACUGGGUAUGAACUGCUUAAGUUCAUUGUGUCUUGAUGAUUGGGACCUAUGAGCCAUCUUAAACAUAUGUUGCUUUGAACCUUAAUCAUUUUUUCCCAAAAGUCUUAUGUUGUUUGUUGAUUAACCAAAGCUUUUUAGCCUCAAUCUGAGUUCACUGUAGACAGAUAUUAGAUAUUGAAAGUAUGUGUAUAAUUUAUCCGGACUGGGCCUCCCUGACUAAGCCACACACAGAUGCCCUCAUCUUGAAUACAUAUGCAGAAAUGUGUGUGGAAUGAUACAGAUAUUUACUUGAGUUCACGUUCUCUCGCUCUUUGUACCCUUGUGGACAAAAACAAUCAGAGGUUUAAGGAUGUAUAGGUGUUCUGUCGGUCUACAGUUGUGUUUCUUAAAAUGUUGUGUUGAGCUACAGCUAUUUUUUCUAACUAUUUUACAUGGCCGUGCGUGUGUGUGUGUGUGUGUAUGAGUGUGUGCUUGUGUGGGUUGGGGUCAUGGUUUUGGGGUUGCUGUGCCAGGAGGGUGGGGUAUAUGGGUGCUUGGGUGGGGUUAUGGAUAUAAAGCCUGAUAGCACUGGAAAUGGUGCUUUAGCUGAGAGAGCAAACGUUUGCACUAAUGUUUAAUGUCCUUGUCCUGCUUAUGGGAGAAGGGCAGUAGACCUCAGAAAGGCCUGCGAGUUUCCAUGAGCACAGAGCAGUAUGGUUAAUACUCAAUGGUCUCAUAUAGAGUCCAUUCAAAGCCCUCCAUAGAAAUAAUCAUGUACAGUAUAUUAAGAAAGAUACAGACGUCCAACAACAACAACAAAUACCAAAGCAGAAAAAUGGCUUGCACUAAGUCAUUGGACAUUUUAAGCUACCAAUCUAAUGUUGGAUUGAUGAGUUUUACUGUUCAAUCUGAAGCCUCUUGAAAAGAGAUUCUUGAUGUAAUUUUUUGUUGGAAACUAGAAAAUGCGAUUAUCUCAAAUCAUAUUUGCUCUUUAUAUUAAGAAUGAUUCCAAAUACAACGUUUUAAGCACUUAGAAAGUAACAAAGACAUACAACAAUGUUGUCCUUUUCAAAGGGCCAGAUCUGAAGGCUGAGAUGUACUGUGUGCAGGUGCCAGAGAUACUGAACCAAUAUUUGUUCCCAGAUUGGAUUUUAACAACACUUUUCCCAUGCUGAUGAAAAAGAAUAUGAUAUGAUAAUGAAGAUAUUGUAACUCUUAAACACUGUUUGACUGUUCGCUGAAUUGGAUCAUUUCAGUCUACUCUUUGUAAGGGUUGAAUGAAUUGAAAUGUGCUGUGGUUAAAGUAGACUGUGGCCUUGUCUGAGCAGCACUAAGCUUGUUUUUGUGUGUGUGUAAGUUGUAAUGUGCAGUUUGGGGCUAAAGCUCUCUCCCACCUACGCAGACAGCAAGGGCCACGGUGUGCCUUAUGUGGACAGAGACCGGCAAAACUCAUUUAUAAUUAUUUCUACUCCAAAUUGUAAAAGCUGAUUAGCUAAUGACAUUGAUCACAAAGCUUUUCAAGUUUAAAUAUAGUUAUAAUAAUGUCUCUGGAUCCAUAAAUGGUGUGUCCCCAGCCUCAGCCCCAGACCAAGGUUACUCUGACACAGGCUACAGUCAGACAGUCUAAGGAAACUUGCAAGUGUUUUUCCAAAUUGACCUUGAUAUGUUUUUCCUAUGCUGUUAUCAAAGAUUCUUGGUAAAUCUAUCUGAGAAGGCCAUAAAACAAAGACAACAGAGAAGUACAAUAAUAAUUUAAAGUGUAAAUUAUCAAACACAGUAGGACGAGGUGACUGUUAAUAUUUAGAUUCACAACAGCAGAAGGGGGACUAUUUUCUUUGCUUUGUCAUUUUCCUGCACACCUGAUUUUUGUGUGUUCUCCAUCAGCAAGCUGAGCGUGGCAUAUGCAGUACGGCACUAUGCGCAGCGUGGCUCUGGCACUUACUCAGACAGCCCUGGGUCCUUCAGAGAGGCAGGCUGCUGUCUGUUGGCUGCUCUAAGCCAAGGUGGUACAGUUUGCGGUCUCUUUGGGAUGCAAAGGUUGACGUACAGUGAGGAGGAUUCAAUACGGGUGGUAGGGGAAAGCUGGAUGUUGCUUUUUCAGGGAUGAGGUUAGAAAAGCCCAGGUGACAAGACUUAUUUGCUGAGCAAUUGUUCAGGGAUGGUCCUGGCUAGAUUGCAUAAUAGAUUGCACAUCCACAAUAUGACAAGACUUGUCAUACAAAGGAGGUCACCACAGAUUUCACUUUGGGGCAACAGGAAGGAUGUUGCUGAACUCUUUUGUCUCUUUGUAAGUACUCAGGUGGAAAAUACACUGCUAUGCAUUGGGUUUAAUGUCUGCUAAGUUUAUGAUAUGUCUAAUCAUCCUCCAAGUCACUUCUCUGUCCUUGCCUUUUCCCUUUUUGUACCCAUAUUAAACAUAAUAAUUCCCAGAAAUAAAACAGCAGGAACAGUUCCCUCAUUAUACAGUGGCUGUGACCAGCCUGUUUCUCCAUCUAAUAUUGAUCCAGUGGAUUGUUUGUUAGAUGGAAGGAAGCCACUGGAGAUUCAGUCUUAUUAGUCAGACUGUAACAUUUUUUGAAAGGGGAUGGGGUUGGGAAAAAAAACACAAGGGGAGGAUGUAUGUUCUCCUCUUUCCUGCUCCCAUUUCUCCCCUCUCUCCAGACUCAGAGUCUACAUCUUUGCUGCCGACUGGCCUUUGAUCACAGAUCACACAACCUCAGCAGGAGGAAUCAUCAGGAGAGAAAGGAGGGAGAGGGGAUCGGAUGAGGAGUGGGGGAAGAGACGGUUACAGUUUGUCGUCACUUUUACCAAUGCAGGAUACAUUCCAUAACUUCAUACUGUGAUUCCCACGUCAGAGUUUUUGGCUUUGUUUUAUGGGUGUGAGUUGGAGACAGACGGAUGAAAUGAUCAACAUGUUGCAGUUGGUUGUUUCGGUCAUUCUGUCCAGCGUCACUAUCCCUCUGCUGUGUGACAGACAGACAUAUAGACAGAAAAAUGCCCCCUGAGUAUUGUGAUCCAACUGCCUUUUUCAGCUUCUGCGAUUGUAACAAAAGCACUUUGCAAAUGGCCAUCCUGAAUUUUUGUGUGCUUUUAUUGUAUGGUUAUCACUAUUGUAAUUAUUAUGUUGUUCCUGUUUAUGUUUUUUUUUUUUUUGUCUCAGAGCAGAUGAUUAUUUAAAUGAAAAAAAAAAAGAAAUAUGAUGAAAAAGAAAAAAAAGAGAGAAAAAACUUGAAUAUCUGGUGUCUGGAUUGAAGGUGGUCAGAGCUGCCACAUGAUCUGGAUGUAAACAAACACAUCUCUGUUAUUCACCAUACCACCAUACCUGUUAUAUGCAGCUUAUAGCAUAGUCACACAAUAAUAGGGGCAGAUACAGGACAGAUCUCACCCUACCUGCUCUCUGCUUACUGUCUUACAUCUUGUUGGGAGAAAUGUCAUUUUAUUGUUGUUUUGGGAGACUUAUUUUCUUGAAAAAGAAACCUGUACAACAGUUGCAAAGCUUUCUGAGAAGGCUAGCUGUGCUGAAUGUUAAACAUGCAGUGUUGUAUCCACUGCAGAAUCUUUUUUUUGUCUGCAAUAACGCCCUCUCUGUGUAGUUAAAGGCUGGAUCUGGUAUCCUUAAAGAGCUGAAAUGAACAUAAAAGACAGAUGAAAUGGCCAAAUGACCAUCAAGCACUUUUGCGAAUCAGUACAGAAAAUAUUAUUUUUGGCCUUACCACCUAUGUCAAUCAAAAUUAUUGUAGGAGAAUGGAGAGAAUGAUAUUGAUCAUGAAAAACACUCACUAAAUCCAUAGUAGGUAAAUGGUUUAACUUUGGAGAGACAUAAAUAGGAUUCUAUUUCUCAUGAAUUGAUUUGAAACUGUGAUUUUUGUGAUAAUUAAGAUUAAGAUUUAAAAUGGCAGAGCCUUUCCCAAUUCUUAAACCUGGGAUUUAAUUUUAAAUCCAAACUCAAUUGUGAAUUCACAUUAGGCAGAAAACUGCUCAACGUAUCUGUGUUAAAACUUUACCCUUGUUGCACUUCUGACCACAUUCAACUGAUGUGUGUGUGAAAACAGCUGAAUCUCAAAGGCAGAGAACCUGCUGCGCUCAACUCAAGGAGUGUGGUCAGAGAGUGAAACAUCAUAGCACGUUUUAACCAGCAGAGUGCAUCAGCUGUUCUUCUACCGAUAUGGAAUUUGUUUUUAGAGAAACUCUAUCUCGUCACAAUGGUGAUUGCUUAUUAGCCUAGCGGUCUGUCAGUCCAUAUGUUUUGAAAGCUGCAGGGGGGGUGACUGGUGAUUUUUUUGAGGAUUUGCACUUUUAGGCGAUGAAAAUAAAUUGAAUUGUACAUGAGACCACUAAAUCCACACAGUCUAAACCAUAUAAUUCCAUUUUGUGUUAUUUUUGUUCUGUUUUUCUUUUUUUUUAAUAUAUCCAAAAAUGUCUGGCAUCUGGUUGUCUGGUUUAAAGGAUACAAAAUCUUUCUAUUAAAAACAAUGGUUGAAAA